UCCGAAAUGGCUGACUUUAACCUGUUCGCAAACAUCUCUAAAGUGGGACCCUUUGAGGGGCCACAGUACCACCUGGCACCAAAGUGGGCCUUUUACCUACAGGCAGCAUUCAUGGGCUUUGUGUUCUUUGUUGGAACCCCUCUCAACGCAGUCGUGCUCUUCGUAACAUUGAAGUACAAGAAGCUGAGGCAGCCGCUAAAUUACAUUUUGGUCAACAUAUGUUUUGCAGGCUUCGUUUUUGCCACAUUCUCCGUGAGUCAAGUGUUUGUGGCCAGCUUACGAGGAUACUAUUUCCUUGGUUACACAUUGUGUGCCCUGGAGGCAGCAAUGGGUUCAGUUGCAGGACUGGUGACAGGAUGGUCCUUGGCAGUCUUAGCUUUUGAGAGAUAUGUAGUUAUCUGCAAACCCUUCGGCAGCUUCAAAUUUGGGAACAACCAGGCUCUGGGGGCUGUUGCCUUCACCUGGGUCAUGGGUGCUGGAUGUGCAUCCCCUCCAUUCUUUGGCUGGAGCAGAUACAUCCCAGAGGGCCUGGGCUGCUCCUGUGGACCUGACUGGUACUCAAAGAGUGAAGAGUUCAACUCAGAGUCUUACACCUAUUUCCUCAUAAUAACCUGCUUCAUGAUGCCUGUGACCAUUAUCACCUUCUCAUACUCUCAGCUAUUGGCUGCUCUUCGUGCUGUGGCAGCUCAACAGGCUGAAUCUGCUUCCACUCAGAAGGCAGAGAAAGAGGUGUCCAGGAUGGUUAUUGUGAUGGUUGGCUCAUUCAUUUUGUGCUACGCUCCAUAUGCCAUUACUGCAAUGUACUUUGCCAAUGCUGCAGAUGAGAAUAAGGACUAUAGGUUGGUCACCGUCCCAGCUUUCUUCUCCAAGAGUUCCUGUGUGUACAAUCCCCUCAUCUAUGCCUUCAUGAACAAACAGUUCAAUGCCUGUAUCAUGGAGACUGUGUUUGGGAAGAAGAUUGAGGAAUCAUCAGAGGUGUCCUCCAAAACCGAGACCUCCUCUGUUGCUGCAUAA